UCGGCAGUGAGCAAAAUGGCGUCAUUGUGGAUGGUCAUGUCCGUCGCGUUUUCCCUACUUCUAACACCUUUUAUCAUGUUUUUACUUGCCAUCAUAUUUCUCGCUUCUAUCGGAAAAUCGCUUGGUGUGCGAAGAUUAUAUAUAAAACUGCUGUUGGCACUUUUCGAGUACGGCCGGCAAAACAUUGAAAAUGUCAAGAAGAGAAACGGCACAUGGAAUCAGGACGACCAAGAGGAUGCGGACGAGGAGCACGAGCCGCUCGUCGAAAAGCAGAACGCGUAUAAUUCAAUGGGCACGAGCCACAAAGGACAGAACGGUGUCCUCGGCAACAAUGUGAUAGCCAGAUCAAAGGAUCUGAUCUUAGUGCCCGAGCCGGAAAUGCAGAAUCACAGAAAUCACCUGGAAGAGUCAAAGGCGACGGAGUCACAGACCACCACCGCCGGCAAAAAUGAGAGCCUUAUUCACAGAGAUUCCUUUGAAUCGUUGAAGGGGGAAUUUGAACCGGCAAUUUGUUUAGACUACAUCAAAGCAGGCGUAGAGGCUAUUAUCGAGGAUGAAGUAACGUCUCGUUUUGAAGCGGAGGAACUUAAGAACUGGAACCUAUUAACUCGUACAAAUAGACACUACGAAUUUAUUUCGUGGAAGUUGACUGUGAUAUGGAUGUUUGGAUUUUUUAUGCGAUAUUGUUUUCUCCUACCUCUGAGGAUAUUUAUUUGUUUCAUAGGGGUACAGUUCCUUGUAAUUACGACAUUUUGUAUCAACUUGCUGCCGAACGGUUUUAUUAAGAAAUGGGCAUACAAUACGGGUAGCCAGAUCGCGUUCAGGCUAAUAUCGCAAUCUUUAUCGGCCACAAUUACAAUCCAUAAUCCAGAGUACAAACCGAAAACUGGAGGAGUGUGCGUGUCGAAUCACACUUCCACAAUCGACGUGUGCAUCUUGUCCACACAGACGACAUUCGCUUUGGUGAUGUGGCUGACGGUAUGUACAGCAGUUGUGGGCUACGUUCCAGAGGGUAGCUUCAAAAGAUGGCUGAAUUACAAAGUCUCCAUAAUGUGUUUUGGUGUCUUGUCCAGCGCUCUAUCAUCAGUUAUUACUUACCACAAUCCAGAGAAUCGACCUGUAAGAGGAAUAUGUGUGGCUAAUCACACGUCUCCCAUAGACGUUCUGGUACUCAUGUGCGAUAACUGUUACUCCUUGAUAGGUCAGAGGCACGGUGGGUUCCUCGGGAUUUUGCAAAGAGCACUGGCUCGUGCCUCUCCCCAUAUAUGGUUUGAAAGAUCAGAAGUCAAGGAUAGGGAAGCUGUAGCAAAAAGAUUAAAAAAACACGUAUCUGAUCCUACGAACCCACCGAUUCUUAUCUUUCCGGAAGGAACAUGUAUUAAUAACACAUCAGUUAUGCAAUUUAAGAAAGGCAGUUUCGAAGUCGGCGGUGUAAUUUAUCCUGUUGCGAUAAAGUAUGAUCCAAGGUUUGGAGAUGCUUUCUGGAACAGUAGUAGAUAUUCAAUGAUACAAUACUUGUACAUGACUAUGUCUAGUUGGGCUAUAGUCUGUGAUGUCUGGUAUCUUCCGCCAAUGUACAGAAAUGAAGGCGAAAGUGCUAUUGACUUCGCGAAUAGAGUAAAGUCUGUGAUAGCGAGGCAAGGGGGAUUGGUUGAUUUACAAUGGGACGGUCAACUCAAGAGAAUGAAACCUAAGAAAGAGUGGAGGGAAAAGCAACAAGAAGAGAUUAGUAAACGAAUUAAAGUUGAAUGAGUCAAGUCAUCUCUAGUCGCACCUUCACCAUCGAUAUAAUGUGUGAUAUUUUGCUUAAAUGAGACCAUUUCAUCCGAUGUGCUGUUUUGUAUUUCUUGUGGACAUUGUUUGCUCGGAGGGAAAGAUUGUUAGUAUGCAUGAUUCAAUCCAUUUCUUUUCACAAGUAUGGUACAAUGCAAAUUAUGUAACUAUCUUUUAUACCUGGAAUAAUUGAUAGAUUUCCGUAGACAUCUUCUAAUUUAUUAGUCGACAUUUUUAACAUUACGAUUGUUAUAUAUUGCAUUAUGUGGUCAAAACAUAAUUCACAAACCCCAAUUCAACCAAAUGGCUAUUUGACAUAUUAAUAUAUUGAAAGUACCAUAUUUGUCAACUUUUUAAUAAUGAGAUUCUGUAACAUGGCAUUGUAAAGUUAUUAUUUAUACAUCAUGAAACGUAUAUUGCGGAAUGGUAUGCCACAGUGUGUGAUAUUUUGCGUGUGUGAGUGUAUGUAGCAUCGAAAUCAUCCCAUUUCACAUUCUUACAUUUUUUAGAUCAUCUCAUUAUCUCAUUAAUUUGAUACGUGAAUUCAAUCUAUUUGAUAUUACAUAGGAGAAGUUGCAUUUUUUUGUUUUUUUUUUGUAAGAAGGAUAGGAAAAAAUAUUACUGUCUCUAUUGUAGCUUAAAAAAUAAACUAUUUAUUCACAUUUCUCAAUGAACGAAAUCAGAAUAUGUCAGGGCUAUACUAUUGCACCCAUCCCUUGGAGAAUUGGUAGCAUCGCGUUAUUUGCAAUCCGAGUAUAAACAUAUUUUCUAUUUUUAUAGUUCACAGAAUUUCACAGUAACGAAAUCGCGACAAAUAAAAUCGCAAAUCUUGAAAAUUUUUUAUAAGUACACGGCGCAAGCUUCAUUUAUUAUCCGUAUUAAUUUGAUUCUUUGACAAUAGAAUGACAUAUUGUUAAUUCCUUUAAGUAAAGUUUAGUUUCGUUCGACCAAGGUAUUCAGAUAUAAAAGUAGGUAGUUACAUUUUUAUUUUUCAUAUGAGGUUACAUGGAAGAUACCAAAAAAUGUAAUAUUUUAUAUUAUGAGCAUAGAUGAUUACAUGAAUGAAAACACAUGUUAAAAAACAAAGUGUUAAAUGAAAUUGUUAAUUAAAAGGAAAUAGAAUUAGAAAAUUAGUUCGUAAA